CAAACCUACGUUGUUACAUCUACCGCUUACCAACUACCACGCUGAGAAUCCUACACGAAUAAGCCAGUGCCAUCUUAGCCUUUACCAUGGAGACCAUCAGUAGCAUUAAGAAUGCCGCCACCAAGGCCAUCUGGGGUGAGAACCAGAACCAAAACCAGUCCCACGAAGAGCCCGUCUCGGGCAAGAUGGGCGAUGUGGCCGCCGGGGAGCCCUACGACGCCGGCAACAUUGAAUCCAACGAAGAAGCCCUCUCCAAACCCGAGCAACCACACAAGGAGGAAAGCAGCGAAACCAAGCCUGCUGGAACUGGAACAACAACAACCCUCCCAGUACGCGACAGCCGUGCAAAGGCCGAGCAGGCCCAAGCAGCAGCGACCCCUCUCCCGCCAACCCCAGCACCAGAGCAGCAGAAGAAAGAGAAAGAACAGCCCGAGAAGAGAGUAGUCGACCCCUCGGCCGUGCCCUCGGCGUCUGGCAUGGGCGACGACUCGACCCAGGCCCAGAACGACACCCGCGCUCCUCCCCCUCCCACUGCUCCUUCCACCACCCUGACCCCGCAGGUUACCGACAUCGCUGCUGCGGCUAACAAGCAGACGACGCACGGCGGCGCCGGCGAAGGAAUUGGCAAGAAAGAAGAAGAAGGACCCAAGAUGGGCGAGCGAAAAGAUGACGACAAGAAGGAGAAGACCAAGGAGGAGGAGGACAUAGCCAAUCGCCCCGUCAACGUCGAGGGUCCCGGCCCUCGGCCUAUCGAGGAGCUUGCGCGCGAGCGCGGCGGAGAUGCGGGUAAUAGCGCUCCUUCGGCUCAGGCUCAGACCAAAUCACCUGCUGGUGCUGGUGCCGGGCAGAAUAUUGUUGAGAGUGUUGGUACUGGUGAUAAGACCAGAAGGGACAGCGCCAAGGGGCUUGAGGAAGAGCACCAUGAUGUACGGAGCGCAGGCAAAGGCGACUCCGGGGAGGCCUACGUCAAGUCGAGUGGACUCGCGGCCGAGGGCGGGGAUUUUGAUGCCUCGCGCCCUGGAGCGGCUAGGGAGGCUGAUCGCCUGUUGGAGCAAAAGGGCGUGCAACGAGGGGACGGGGGAAUCACCCACCACUCAGCCCAUGGGCAACAGCCGCAGCAGCAUACUAGCGGCAAGAAUGGAGGAGAGCAUCACGAGAAGACCAGCCUGAAAGACAAGAUCAAGGCCAAGCUUCAUAAGCCUAGUGUUUCCUCCUAAAGGCAUUGACGGGUCUGGGGUGUGCCAUCUGCCAGUGGUGUCCUUUCAUAUGGUUGUUGGAGGCGCGGGAAACCAAGUCUGGUCCAGUGGUUUACUUGAGAAACAAAAUACGAGGAUGCCAAGGUUGAUGGCUUCUGGUUGCUGGUUUCUGCCAUGUAUUGCUUUGAUUAGGCGAUUACCUGACGAGAAUGAGUGAGGAUGAUAAUAAG